UCGUUGAAAAUUUGAUUUAUUUUUGUAUUUUUCAAAUUUUGAAGAUUAAAAUUUUUUUUUUGACAUAAAAAAUGAAUAAUUUACAUCGUUCAUCAAUUAAUGUAAUUAAUACAUCAAAAUCAUCAUCAUCGUCGUCGAUGAAAAAUAAUAAAAAUCAUCAACAAUCAACAAAUACAAUGAUGAUGCUUAUUGAUCAAACAAACAGUAGUGAUGAAGAAUCGAAUUCGAAUAAUGAACUAAAACGGCAAAAAUCAGUUGUACGUGAAAUUGGUUCACAAGCCGUUUGGUCAUUGUCAUCAUGUAAAGUAGGAUUUGGUGUUGAACAAUUACGUGAUAAUUGUAAAGAUACGUAUUGGCAAUCGGAUGGUGUACAACCGCAUUUGGUCAACAUACAAUUUCGACGUAAAACGACUGUUUGUGAAAUAAAAAUAUUUGCCGAUUUUAAACUAGAUGAAUCAUAUACACCGAAUAAGAUUUCCGUUCGUGCUGGUAAUCAUUUUCAUGAUUUACAUGAAGUUACAUUAGUCGAAUUGAAUGAACCAUCGGGCUGGGAAACUAUACCAUUACGUGAUGCUGAUGAUCAUCCUAUACGUGCAUUUCUCAUACAGAUUGCUGUACUCGGUAAUCAUCAAAAUGGUCGUGAUACACAUAUACGUCAGAUAAAAAUUAAUUCGCCUGUCGAAGAUACUGUAGUAACGGUAAAAAAAUUACCACAAGAUUUUCGUACAAUUCGAUUCUGGAAACAUGCAUGUUUAAGAUAAACCUUUUUUUCCCCCACCAUAUUGUAAAAGAAUCAUUUAUUUUAAUGGAUAAAUCUCCUAACAUCAUCAUCAUCAUCGUACAUAAGCGUUUUGUAAAUGUU